GCAUCGCUUUACUAUGAUGCAUCGACGAUGGCGUCUCUGAAUCCCUUUUCUCUGGCUGCCCUCAACCGAUUUCGAGCAUACAAGCCCCCGCCGUUCCCGCUGUGGGAUGCCCUCCCUGCGCGCAAGAGAGCGGCCAUCUUGGUGCUCUUGUUUGCGGAUCGAUGGGGCGACCUGAGGGUUGUCAUCACCAUGCGCGCGGCCAGCCUGAGGAGCUUCUCGGGCCACGCCGCGUUGCCGGGAGGGAAAGCAGAUAGCAAAGAAGAAACACCAUACCAGAUUGCGCGACGGGAGGCGUACGAAGAGAUUGGCCUCCCCAUGGACGAUAAUCGAAUCCCCAAACCGUUUCGCAUAGAGCAGCUCUGUGAUCUCCCGCCGUCUUUGGCUCGGACGCAUCUUGUGGUGACUCCCUGCGUCGCAUUCCUCCACGCGGAUCGCACCUCUCCGGACUCGCCUCCCGCUUUGGUUGAAGACUCCAUGAUCCCCCGGCUGGAUGCCCGCGAGGUCGCCGCUGUAUUCAGCGCUCCUUUCUACAAUUUUCUCAAGAUGAACGAUCUACCGCCUCGACACGGCGAGACGCUGCCGCCGGGUCACUGGUAUGACGGCGCAUGGACAAACUACAAGGGGGUGCAGUGGAGGGUGCACAACUUUUACGUGCCAGUGAACAACCAGAAGGUCUCAAGGCCUAGAAGGGGGAGCGCAGCGCAGAUAGAGCUGGCGGACCAGCUGGAAGUAAGCCAGGACCACGAAGGCCGGUUCAAGGUCUGGGGUUUGACUGGUAGGGUGUUGGUCGACGCAGCGAGGAUUGCGUACAAUGAGGAGCCCGAAAUGGUGCACAAUGUUGAUUUUGGCGAUUUUGAUGUGAUCAAAAUUGCCCAGGAGGAGGGCGCGCUG